CAUAUAUAAAUACCAACACUGGUUUCUCAGCACAUCGUCAGCUCGUAUCAGACAGGAAGGAGGUUCAGAACCAGAACCUGGUCUUCAACACUGAAGACCUUUAUUUCUUUAUUUCUUUAUUUCCUGAGGAGCCAACAGAGGCGACGGCGUCCUGCUGACCUGUGGAGGGAAGCACCGCUGCGUUAGCGUGUAACGCUAGCUCUCUGCUAGCUGUGUGUUACCUGGUCAGCGCUGUGACUCCGCCUCCUCCCAGCUGACCUCUGACCUCAGCGUUCAUCAGCUGUUUUCUCUUUUCUUCACCUGUUUAUUUCCUGUCACUCAGGCUGAGAUGUUUUCCUGUAACCGUAGAAACGGUGAUGUCACCGAAGCUUCUAGAAGCUCCAACUGAAAAACAACAUCAUGUGACUUUAGUGUAUUUAUCAGAUGCAUCUGACACACUGACGCAGCAGAGCAUGAUGGGACGACCAGCCGUCCGCAGCACUGUGGAGAGAAUCAGUCUGAGCGUCCUGCCGGCAGCCGUCCAUCGAUUCCUCUUCAGCCAAUCAGAGGAGUUCCUGGUAGCUCACCUGGUCGUCAGAGCGCUGUUUGGAGCAGCGAGCGGCGCGCUCCUGUUCCUGGGCGUCGCCCUCAGCCUCCCGCUGACCUUUGACCUGAAGCUGGCGGCGGGAUGCGUCUGUGUCGGCGUGUGCGUCGUGGGCGGGGCGUCGUCCUCCUCCUUCAGAUGUUCAGUCCUCCUGAUGUUUCCCAGCAUGCUCGGCUCCCGUGGCCGCGCGUACCUGAUGCUGUUGAUCCUGUCGGUGUUGCACUCGGGUCCGCUGCAGAACAUCCAGCGGAACGUUCAGGCGGCGGCCGAGUCUCUGAGCUGUAAUCUGGACCUGCAGGUUAAUCACAGCCGGCUGCUGUGGCGAGACGCCGUCCGACCGUUUAUACUCAUCACGCAGCAGCUGACGGACGACCAGCCGGACUUCCAGUCGGAGGCUCGAAGCGUCAGCAGGAAGUUUCAGACCAUCAGGGACCAAGUUGUGCUUCAGUACGGAUACGACCGCUUCUCCCCGAAACACGCCGCCGCCGCCGCCGCCGGCAACGACACGCAGCAGCAGUUCACCGCCAAGACCAUGAUGCAGUGCGACAGUGUGGUGGAUCAGGGCGUGGCGCGCUGUGCUGAUUGGUUCAACCUCAAGUGGGCGGAGUGUAUGGAGGCGAUCCCGGUACCCGUCAUCAACCACAUCCUGUGUGUCUCCAUGAAGUUCCACUUCCUGUGUGAUGUCAUGAGAGUGAUGACGCCGUGGUGCCGGCGGCAGCUUCCUGUGGAGGGAAACUUCGGUCAGCUGUUCGACCAGCUGAACGCUUCGGUGGACCUGCUGUCCCGAGAGUUCAGCACCGAGCUGCUGGUGGAGCGGCGGCAGCAGCGGCAGGCGGUUCUGGAUCAGGACUUCACGCAGGCCGUCAGAGGAUCCUUCAGCAGGCUGACGGCCGCCACGCAGCAGCUGCUGGACGUCCUGCAGAUACUCCGCUCCCUCACCUUCAUCACCAUCUUCACCCAGGCGUUCGGUUACCUCAGACGUUACAGGAGGGACGUCGGAUUCGACAACGUCUACGUCACCACGUACUUCAAACAGAUGGACGCCGGCAGGAAGAGAGCCGGUCGACGCUGUCUGCUGCCUCUGAGCCAAUCAGAGAGACGGACGCUGACGGAGCCGUGGAGUCCAAAGAUCCUCCCGGAGGAGCUCCGACACGUCACCUCAGGCGUGUUCCAGGUGAUUUCUGUCUCUCUGCUGUCUGUCGUCCUGCUGACUGUCGACUUCUCGCUGUUCCACGUUCUGGACGUCGUCAGCAGACACACCGUCACCCGGUUCAACCUCACCAGCAGUCACCAGGUGGACAUCAGGGUGGGCGGAGCCUCCAUGAUGGCCCGCCUCCUGAGGAAGACGGUGGCGGCGUUCAACAGCUCGUCCAGCCUCCGCAUCGACGCCGACAACCGGAUGUGUGUGUCCCCGCCGUCCUCGCUCCCUGCAGGCGUGUAUGUCAGCUGUGUGUGUUGCGUGCUGCUGGCGGCGCUCUUCAGUUGCCUUCAGGUUUACACCAACCGCCUCCGACGGGUCAUCGCCGCCUUCUACCAUCCUGAGAGGGAGAAGAAGAGAGUUUUGUUCAUCUACAACCUUCAGAUCCAGAGAAGGAUUUGCUCCGCUGACAGGAAACGCAUCAUCAGUCAGAGACGCAGCAGGACGGUGUUUCAGUUUCUGAGCAGGUGGACGCGUCGUCUUUGUCAUCGUCGCCGACAGGAAGCGUCCGACUGACGAGACGCACUACAACCCCGAUCACACCGGGACAGGAAGACGACAUUAAAGUAGAAGAAGAUAUUCGGCUCUUCUUCCUGUUCAGAUAAACCUGCACGUUCUGUUCUCAGUAAAAACAAAAUCAAAUCAAAUCAAAUAAAAAGUGUUUCCUGCUGACAGACUCUCUGAUCCAUAAUAAAAGUUCACUUCUCUUGUU